GUCAGUAAAACGAGUGGCAACACUGACCCUUGUGUCGUAAAAGGGUGAGUGAACCGCCUCAUUGUUAUUUAUUGCAUUUGUCUCUAAAAUACAUUAAUUAGCCAUUUUACGGGUACAGCGAGUGCAAUAACAUAGUCUACGACAGGCAUGCCGAUGUGAGUAAUAUAUGAAAGGUGUGGCACGGUGCUGGGGCGUUGUUUCGUGGUGCAGUGACGUUAUUGUUGUGAAAAAUAUUUUGCCUAUCUCGUAAGAUGACCGAAUAUAAAUUGGUGGUGGUAGGCGCCGGAGGCGUUGGUAAAUCUGCAUUGACUAUACAACUUAUACAGAAUCAUUUUGUGGACGAAUAUGAUCCUACGAUAGAAGAUUCGUAUAGGAAACAAGUGGUGAUAGAUGGUGAAACGUGCCUGUUGGAUAUAUUGGAUACAGCUGGUCAAGAGGAAUACUCGGCGAUGAGGGACCAGUACAUGCGAACAGGAGAGGGAUUCCUGUUAGUGUUCGCGGUAAAUAGUGCUAAGAGCUUUGAGGACAUAGGCUCUUAUCGAGAGCAGAUCAAGCGUGUGAAGGACGCCGAAGAAGUACCCAUGGUGCUGGUUGGCAACAAGUGCGACCUGCAGGCGUGGGCCGUCAACAUGGCGCAAGCACGUGAGGUCGCGCGGAGUUACGGCGUGCCUUUCGUUGAGACAUCGGCUAAGACCCGCAUGGGCGUCGAUGACGCGUUCUACACUCUCGUGCGGGAAAUACGCAAAGACAAAGACAGCCGCGGCAAGAGGAACCGGAGAGGGAACAAGCUGCCGCGACGCAGGUUCAAGUGCACCCUUCUGUAAAUUAUUUUAUUAAUGCAUUAAAAUCGAUAAUAAUAAAAUAAUCAUUAAUGGAUACCGACUGAACGUUCGAACCAGACUCGGUUCUGGGAAAGUAUUACGAAUUCUUAAAUGCUUUGGCGUACAAUGAAAAGCUCUUAUUGCGUAACUGAAGAUUACCAGGGACGGUCUCUGUUAAAAUAAUGAUUGUAUGUACACAUUUCAAGUACAUGCCCUAUCCG